AUGGUCGCCCACGACUUGUCCGACGCGGCGCUUGGCGGCAAGAUUCGCACGCGCGGCCGCUACUUGUCCGACGCACAUGGCCGCACGCUGCUGCUCCGCGGGAUGAACGUGUCCGGCGUGAGCAAGCUUCCCACGAAGCCCGCCGAGACCAAAGCAACGUACAGCAGCCCCGAAACCGUUUCGUUUGUCGACCGGCCCUGCACGCUCCAAGAAGCGCCUGGCUAUUUUGCGCGACUGCAAGCGUGGGGCAUGCCGCUCGUGCGUCUGCUCGUGACAUGGGAAGCGCUCUCGCCCCAAGGCCCGUGCCCGCAGUACCCCAUUGCCGCAGAAUAUGUCGCUUACUUGGUGGAGCUGUUCAAGGUGAUGGCCCAGUACAAGAUAAAGUGUGUCGUGUGUGCACACCAGGAUGUAUGGAGCAGGCUGACGGGUGGGAGCGGAGCGCCUGGCUGGACAUUACGUGCCGCAGGCCUCGAUCCUGCGCAGCUGCAGACCACGGGCGCAGCGCUCGUCCCCGAAUCGGGCACGGCGCCGCUGUCGAGCACGCCUCCCGCACACAAAGAGGAACCCACCGGCCCAUUCAACUGGCCGUCUGGCUACCAGAAGCUGGCACCUGCGACGAUGGCGACGCUGUUCUGGGGCGGCCGCAUGUUUGCGCCUGGACUGCGCCUCUUGAUCGACGGAGCGGAGCAAAAUAUCCAAGACGUCCUGCAGCACGCCUACAUCGAGGCAUAUACCCAGCUCGCGGCGCAUCUUGCGCCGUGCGAGGCGUUUGCAGGGAUGGAGCUAAUGAACGAACCGCACCGCGGCUUUAUCAACCUCUACUCGUUCCAUCGGUGGUGCUACGAGACGGAUUUGCACAUCGGGCACUACCCCUCUGCGCUCGAGAGCAUGGCGCUAGGAGAUGGGUACGCACAGGAGAUACCAUUCUAUGUAAAGUCUUGGCCGUUCCCGUCGCGCGUUUCACAUCGCACCCGAGUCGAUCCGCGCGCGCGCGCGUGGAUUGCGCGUGCGGAAAACGACCGAUUCGUGAGCACGCGCAAGAGCGAUGGGUGCAUUUGGAGAGAGCAUGGUGUGUGGGAGUGGGACGCAGGUAUGCGCAAGCCUGUGGUCUUGCAGGCCGACUACUUCUCGGUAGACCCGCGGCCCAAGCACGGGCGGCGCAAGGUCGAGUGGUAUUGCGAUUUCUACGCGCCGUUUAUUGCUGCGUUCCACGCGCGGAUCCAGCAAGUGUGUUCGCACGGCCUGCUCCUUGUCGAGCCGAUCCCAAACGAGUUUAUGCCGCGCUGGGCGCCGGGAGCCGACGACACGCCGUGCCUUUCCACCGCCCAGCCCCCCAAUCUUGUGUACGCGCCGCAUUUCUACGACCUGAAUGUGCUAUUCUUCAAAGCGUACAACGGCAUGAGCGUCAAUGUACAGGGCCUGAGCCGCGGCAUGUUCAUCCUGUGUGCCGUCUACUUUGGCGCGCGGGGACUAGCGCGCAACUACUAUUAUCAGCUCUCGCAGCUCGUGCGCCGCGGCUACGAGCGCGUAGGCCAAGUGCCGGUCCUUAUCGGCGAGGCUGGUGUUCCGUACGACGUGAACCAAGUCCUGCAUACUCGGCCUGGCGACUACCGCGUCCAGAACACACUGCUCGAUGCGCUCGUCUCUGGACUCGAGCGCAAUCUGGUCUCUUUCACGCUGUGGAACUACAACCCCACGAACACGGUACAGCAUGGCGACGGCUGGAACAUGGAGGACUUUUCCGUGAUCAAUCUAGAGGCCGGCGCGGCCGACACAGCCAACAAGCGCCCCGCCGAGCCGCUCUAUCGCGGUGGGCGCGCACUCAACGCGAUCCUCAGGCCGUACGUUGCCAAGGUGGCUGGGAUCCCCUGCAGUACCGCCUGGGACGCACGCAGACAAACGCUCACGUUCCAGUGGCGCAACGGCCCCAGCGGCAAUGGGCCACGCGUCACGGAAUGCUUCAUCCCCGACUACCAUUUCCGCAGCGAGCCUAUCUGUGCAGCGCUGAGCGACGGCGCGUAUCGGUAUGUGGCCCACGAACAGACACUCUACAUUGAGCACAGCAACGCGGCGCCGCACGCGCUGCACAAGAUUGUGAUACAGUGCGGAGCGCCGAAAAAGGCACACUACAGGGGUAUAUUCGCAGUUCUCAUUCUAUCCGUGGUCGUCGCAGGACUUGCGCUGCUCCUGCACUAA